AUGUCUCUUGCAUACAAGGGCUUCAGAGCAACAGCAUUCCUCCACUCCCCCGUGGCUAGGCAACCAGCUAUGGGUUUUAGCAGCUAUACCCAGAGCUACCCAACCCGGCCUCCUGCUUGCUUUCGGAGGCGUAAGCCGGCCAUGGUGCCAGAUACAAUCGGCCCUUUGGUGGGCGGCCCGAUCGUGGGUUACGUCUUGGCUAAUCAGGGAGUCGCACCGUUUGCUGGAGGAAACUAUCCUGUUUUUCGCAAUGUCAAAGACUAUGGUGCAAGAGGUGAUGGUGUCACGGACGACACGGCGGCUAUCAAUGCUGCCAUCAAUGCCGGAAACCCUUGCAACAAGGGCUGCGUUUCGACAACCACAACCCCAGCAUUGGUUUACUUCCCUGCUGGCACCUACCUGAUCUCGUCCUCUAUCUUCCCGGCCUACUUCACUCAACUCAUCGGCGACGCCGCAUCUCCGCCUACGCUCAAGGCGACCUCGAACUUUGCUGGCUUCGGUCUCAUCGACGGCAACCCCUACUAUACCCCCGUACUGAACUGGAAGUCCCAGAAUGUCUUCUUCCGGCAAGUGCGCAACUUUGUCAUCGACACGACUGCCAUCCCGCCCGGGACAGCUGCCACUGGAAUGCACUGGCCGACGUCUCAGGCAACCAGUCUCCAGAAUAUUGUGUUCAACAUGCCCGCCACUGGUGACGUGGUCCACGUCGGUCUGUUCAUCGAAGAGGGUAGUGGAGGUUUCAUGACGGACCUCACCUUCAACGGCGGCGCGACUGGUGCCAGCAUGGGCAACCAGCAGUACACCAUGCGGAACCUUAAGUUCAACAACUGCAAGACGGCCAUCAUCCAAAUCUGGGACUGGGGCUGGACGUAUGCUGGUCUGUCCAUCAACAACUGUCAGGUUGGUAUUGACAUGUCAGCCGGCGGCGCGGCCAACAAGUUGGAUGUGGGCUCGGUUACUCUGCUUGACAGCAGCUUCACCAACGUUCCCGUUGCUAUCCUCACGGCCUGGAGCACGAGCUCCAACCCUGCCACCGCCGGCAGCCUGGUGAUGGAGAACAUCGCGCUGAACAACGUCCCCGUUGCUGUCAAAGGCCCCAGCGGCACCAUGCUUGCCGGCGGAUCGCUCACAAUCGACGCCUGGGCCAACGGUCACAGCUACGGCACCUCUGGCCCGAACAAGUUCGCCGGUCCGAUUUCCCCCAACCCGCGGCCCGGAUCCCUCGUCUCCAACGGACGGUACUAUACCCGCUCGAAGCCGCAGUACGAGAACACCCCGGCCUCGUCCUUUAUCUCCGUCCGGUCGGAAGGUGCCAGGGGUGACGCCUCGGCGGACGACACGACGGCGCUCCAGAACGCCAUCAACAAGGCGGUCGCACAGAACAAGAUCCUCUUCCUCGACUACGGCCUGUACCGCGUCACCAACACGAUCCGCAUCCCGCCCGGGGCCAAGAUCGUGGGCGAGUCGUUCCCCGUCAUCCUCUCGUCGGGGGGCUUCUUCAACGACAUCAACAACCCCAAGCCGGUGCUGCAGGUGGGCGAGACGUCGGGCCAGCAGGGGCAGGUCGAGCUGAGCGACUUCAUCGUGUCGACGCAGGGCGUGCAGGCCGGCGCGACGUGCAUCGAGUGGAACCUCGCCAGCGGCGGCACCCCGAGCGGCAUGUGGGACGUCCACGUCCGCAUCGGCGGCUUCACCGGCACGCAGCAGCAGGUCGCCCAGUGCCUCAAGACGCCGGGCAACGCGGCUGUCAACCCGAACUGCAUGGUUGCGUUUAUGGGCAUGCAUGUUACCAAGGCGGCGAGCGGGCUAUACAUGGAGAACGUGUGGAUCUGGACUGCCGACCACGACAUCGACGAAGCGCAGAACACGCAGAUCACCAUCUACGCCGGCCGCGGCCUCUACAUCGAAUCCGAGAACGGCCCCUUCUGGCUCUGGGGCACCGGCUCGGAGCACUUCGUGCUGUACCAAUACCAGUUCGCCAACACGCGCAACAUCUUCAUGGGCCAGAUCCAGACGGAGACGCCUUAUUUCCAGCCGACGCCCAACGCGCUCGUGCCCUUCCCGCCCGUGUCGGCGCUGCGCGACCCGGACUUCAACGCGCAGUGCGCCGGCGUCGAGGGCAACUGCGCGGCGGCGUGGGGCCUGCGCGUCAUCGACUCGCGCGACGUCUUCCUGUACGGCGGCGGCCUCUACUCCUUCUUCGACAACUACAGCACCGCCUGCUCGACCUUCGAGGCCGGCCAGACCUGCCAGCAGCGGAUUGUUUCAAUUGAGGGGUCGGCGACGAAUGUGAAUCUGUAUAAUGUCAACACCAUUGGCACGCGGGAGAUGAUUACGCGCAAUGGUGGGCGGGUGGCGUGGUUCGCGGAUAACGUGAAUACGUUCGCGUCGAACGUUGCGGUGUAUAAGACCAACUAA